AAACGGACCCCCCUCAUCUUUAGACCAUAUCCACGCAAUCUAAAGCUUCAUCACCACGCUGUUCUCUCUUUCUUGGCAUAAAAACCGCUUAUUUUCUCUCUCCUUCUGUGAAUAUCUUCAUCUUCUUUUCUUUUUGUUUACAUUGCAAUUUUAAGAACGAAACCAUUAGAUAUUGCGUAUUUGUUGAGUAUCAAGAAGACCCUCUUCGUAAAUUGGAUAUGUAGGGAAGGAAUUUUAUUUUGUAGGACAGGAAAAAGAAAAAAUAUGGGCAGAAGUGUUUAUUUUCACUAUUGUUCGGACUGAGAAGCUGAAUAUAUGGCGACAGAACAAUAUUUCCAAGGGGCAGCAAGAGAAAGUGAUUUCAGUGAAGAUGGAUCUUCCUUGGUGAAAUGGAAAUCCUUAUCCUCUUCAGUCGAAGAGUCUGAAUCUAAUCCUUCUGGUGAUUUUGAAUGUAAUAUCUGUUUGGACCUUGUGAAAGAUCCCGUGGUUACAUUCUGCGGGCACCUCUACUGCUGGCCCUGUAUCUACCGAUGGAUCAGUUCCCCCAACACAUCUCUAGAAAACGCGGAUCAGCAGCAGCCACAAUGUCCUGUCUGCAAAGCUGAGGUGUCGCAGAAAACCUUGAUUCCACUAUAUGGCCGUGGCCAAACUACAAAUCCCACUGAAGACAAGGCAUCAGAUUUUAGUACUCUCAUACCAAAAAGGCCUCUGAGUCUGAGAUCUGGCAAUAAUGAGCUAAUACCGACUACAAACUCAGGCUAUACAUUUCCUCAACCUCAUCAUCAAAGUUAUUUACAAUCGUCUCAACCAUAUCACCGUUACUCUGGCAACCAUAUGGAUUCAUCCAUGCUCGGCAUUGGCGGGGCAGCAACAAAUUUGAUUGAUCCAAUGAUUGGAAUGUUCGGUGAAAUGGUUUAUGCAAGGAUUUUUGGGAACGCGGAGACGACUUUGUAUACAUAUCCAAACUCGUAUCGUCUAGCGAGUAGUAGCAGUCCUCGAUUAAGAAGGCAUAUGAUGCAGACUGAUAGAUCACUCAGUAGAGUUUGUUUUUUCCUUUGCUGUUGUGUAAUCUUGUGUCUUCUCUUGUUCUGAAAAACCUUUUUGUUUCAGUUUUCCUCUUUGGUCCAUUUUGUACUUGUAAAAAUGCCAUGUUAAUAGCAGAGCACAUUAACAUAUAAAAGUUGAGUUGGCAUAUAGAUGAUAGACUUACACCCAUGGUGUUGAGA